AGCUGUUGCUCUGCGAGUAGACACACCGAAACAUGGCUGGAUGAGAUCGAGGUGACUUCACAUGGAGGACCCUGGACCUGAUUCCAGCGGUCUCUGGGACCCCUCGGGCUCCGCGGAGUCCACGGUCCCCCCGGAGUCCGGCAAUACCUCGGACGUUGCCGAGGACUGCCGUUCCCCAAAGAGGACCCCGAGCAGCGAGGUCCCAACAGAUGUCCUGGACACGCCCGGUGCUGGAGCAGAAACUCCAGUGGUGCCUCUCCUGGAGACUGGAGGUGGUGAGGACAAGCAGCGCAAGCGGCGCCGUAGUGCGGAGAGUCGAGCUUCCAGAUGUAGCGUCAACUCUACCAAGCUCAAGAGUCUCAAGUUGCUUGUGGAUAAAGCUGUUGAGCACCACAAGACGUUCACCAUCCUGGGCAAGUUCCCAUCCAUCAGGGACGCUCUCAGAGCUCGCGGUUGGGUACAGAACUUCGACGCUCUCUCCCAGCAGCGUUCUCCGGCCCCGUACUCCUACAGGCCUGGAGUCGGCAAGGAUGAGGAAGGGAGCGGGCCGCCUAUGACACCCACCUCUGAAGAGUCUGUUGACCGAGACUCCCAGCUGAUCUCCCGUCUUCUCCGAGAUUCUCCCGUCAACUUCAUCUGGGCUAUGGGUGACUACAUCGACUGGAAGUACCUCAGCAAGUCGACCAUUGUCAGCCGCUUUCCCCGCGUCUACUUCACUACUAAAGUCGGGCUGUGUAACUAUCUCCAGCAAACCCACUGGUUCUGCGAGGCAGGGGUCUCCAACACCCUGUUCCCGCGGUGCUACAACAUCGCUAACGAGGAUGACUUGAACGCCUUCAUUAUGGACUUCCGACUGACGGCGUGCCUAAGCUUGCUGCACCUCCUGGUGGACGCCAUAGACCGCGAUCAGCUCGAUAUCUUCCAUGAGGACGGCAAGGUGCCACUGUGUGCGGUGGAGUUCGCAGCUCGGCGAUGUACGGAGUUCGUGGGCGUGCGGGAACACGAGGAUAUCGACGUGAAGGAGGCCGAGCACGUCUGGGACCACCAAUGGGACCAGUUCCUCACGUGGUACUACCAGCUGGCCCACGAACACGCCAACUUCCUGCCGGCCACGGACACCCAGAGGAAGGCCAUCUACAUUUGCUGCAAGAUGACGAUAGAGUCGAUGAGACCUCACUGGCCUCAGAUGCAGCUGGACGGUACGAGUAACCUGUGGAUAGUCAAGCCCGGAGCAAAGUCCCGCGGCCGAGGCAUCCAAGUGAUGAGGAAACUUGAGGACAUCGUUUCUCGCAUCGGAACUCUGCAUUCCAAGGAUCCCAGAUAUGUCAUCCAGAAAUAUAUAGAAAGGCCUCUUCUGAUCUACAACACCAAGUUUGACAUCCGACAAUGGUUUCUAGUUACAAGUGCAUAUCCACUGACAAUUUGGAUGUACAAGGAGAGCUACUUGAGGUUCUGCUCCCAGUUGUUCUCCUUGAGUAACAUGCACGAGUCUGUACAUCUGAGUAAUAACGCAGUACAGUGCAAGUACAAGAAUGCCAAGCGGGAUCAGGCCUUACCCGACGAGAACAUGUGGGACUGCUACACCUUUCAGACAUACCUCAGGACGAUAGGCCAAGCCGAUCUAUGGGAGACUGUGAUCUAUCCCGGGAUGAGGGAAAGUAUCACUGGGACUCUUCUAGCAGCACAAGAACACAUGGAACACCGCAAGAACUGCUUCGAGCUGUACGGUGCGGACUUCAUGCUGACUGACGACAUGGUGCCUUGGCUCAUCGAGAUCAACUCGUCUCCUUGCAUGUCUCCCACCACCAGCGUCACCGCCAGGAUGUGCUCACAGUGUCUUGAGGAUGUAAUCAAAGUUGUGAUUGAUCGGAGACACAACAAACAAGCGGACACAGGAAUGUUCGAGAUGGUCUACAAACAGCACAUAUCCCCGCCGCAGCCCUACAUGGGGAUGAACCUCACGGUGCGAGGUACCAAGAUCCAACGGAGCCCGAAGACCAAACGGAAAAGGAAGCCUUCUCUGGAUACAGACCUACAACUGAGCAUCAAAUGUACGAACUCCAUUAAGAGUUUUAUCCAAGAUCUAUCUUCCAAGUUGACAGAGCAGCCUGAGGUAACACAGCUGACCGUACCUCUAGACUCGAGCAAAUCUGCGUUACCCACCUCACCGUCAUCAUACUCACUAUCAUCUUCUGACGAUGAUUCCACUGAUUCAGAAAAUAGUUUCGAGGUCAAAAUUAGUGAUAAACCUGUAACCGUUCAAGAUAUCAGUACUCAAACGGUUGAUAUGGCAUCUGACAAGGAAGUUCAAAAGACAAAACAGGAUACUGAGUCUAGUAAAAGUGGCUCUAAACCAAAGGUGACCAAAGAAAGUCAAGAAGAUAAAUCCUCGGUUGAAUCCAAAGAGGCUAAGAAAAAGUCCCAUCACGCAACAUGUUGCAAACCUGUAGAGAACCUCGCUCCAAAACUGUUCAGAGCAGGAACGCGUUACAACAAAUCCAACCAUUUGCGAUUAUGGAAGCGCAGCACGGAAGCAGCUCAGACCAACGUCCUCCUCAACGACUGGAAGCAGAGGAUCGAUAAGACUAGAGCCAACUGCGAGGAAAUGUUGACGAAGCUGAAAGUCCUCAGGGAUAAAGACGUCAACAACAGAGUGAAGAGGGGGAUAAACUGGAAAGUGGAAAAUGGAACGGUCGAAGAAAUAGUGAAAAAGUUAGCGCAUCCCCAGAAAAAGGAAUUCCUUGAACGCCUCCCCAUCGUGAGGGACAGUGUUCAGAGGAAAUCCCUCUGUGACAAGGACUCUCAAGGAGUCUCAAAAUCACGGUCGUCUUCCACCUCUCCGUUCGCUUCAAGACACGUUCUACCCCAGAUAAAAGACAGGACUAGGUCUUUCUCGACUAUUGAAAACAACAAUCUGUUCGCAGUAGGUCUGAGUUUGCAGUGUCAGAAGUCUAAUUACACACCUCGGGAGAAGCUACUCAUGCCUAUGGGCUCCGAGCAUUGCCUCGGCAUGUCUCUAGGCUCCCUCUCUAAUGCCCUAGCAUCCUCUUAGUUACUUACCUUAGCUUUAACGUUAUGUGUUCAUUAUUCUAAGGCUGAUUUGAUAACAUUCCAUGCUCUGUUUAUUAUCUGUAUCUUUGUAACCGUAUUACAGUAAAUGUGUUUCGUUAAAGUGAACACUAUUGUAAACCACAUGAAAAUAUCUGAUGAUAUUUGAGUCAAUAGUGUCAUAUUGUUGGAGACCACCAUGUGAUAUUGUCACUACUGUCUACUUGAUUUAUAUUUUGUUUACAAAACAAAUGAGUGGAAUCAAAUGUAGUUUAUUUGUUUACAGUAACAGCUGCUUAUGUUUGUUUAUGACAACAGGUGUUGAGACAGAUCAGAAGUUUUUCAAGCACGGAAAACUGGCAACACGAGAUGUAGAGGAGGUUUCAGAUUCUCCAGCCGUCAUCGGCUAUUUUCGUGCGGUCUGCUCUAGCUGUGAUAUCAGCCUCUACAAUUCAUUCGAAAGGCUUUUUCCUGACUGCCAGUAAAUUAUGUUGAAAGUGGAAAAGACUAUGAAUUUUAUUCAUUGUGUUCGUAAUUAUUUUGUAAAGAGCAAGUAAAAAUGAUAGGAUUUCUGUACAAAGAUAAUUUAUUGAUGUUAUGAAAAUAUUGUUCCCUUAUAUAUGAGCAGUAACAUAUACUAGUAUACAUACAGUAUAGACCACUUGCGUGUCUUGUACAAUUUGUAUUUUAACUUUUGAACAUUUACCAUCAGUAUUAUUAUAUACAUAUAAUUUUAUACUUUCAAUAAACAUAUAAAUAAAACAAUCUAUGCCUAACAUAAUUCAUCAACAUUUUUAUUACAAAAAUGUAAUUUAUUCCUAACUUUACUAUAGACGUAAGUAGCAAUUCAAACAAUUAGUUUGACCUGAAAAUAAUCUUCAUUUGUAUUAAAACAAAUUUUAAUGAAACAGUCGGACCAAGAAUUUAAUACAAGACCAAGUAAUUAUUCUCACAACAGAUGAAAUGUUUUAAUAUCGCUAUAUGUAGAAAACAGAAUAAUAAAACUACUAUUUGAUGAUAUUUUGCAAUAUCAUCAUCGUAUUAAUAUUAAAAUAGUAAUAUCAUUGCCUAUGUUGAAAUGUAACAAAAUGUUCCUGGAAAUAAACUUAUGUAUUUUCAGUUAUAUGCUAUAGCUAUUAUGAGUAUCAGUAUCAAUAUUUAUUACAGCUCUGUCAGCCAAAACAGUUUAGGUACCUUCUUUAUUUUAGCUCUGUGUUACACUGUUUUUGUUGCAGACGACUUCAAUGACAGGUAAAAUAGAACUUGAUAAAAGGUAUAUGUUUACCGACACAGAUGAGAUUAUUUUGAAUAGAAAUGUGAUAUUUAUAUAUAGAUAAAAUUUUAUAUUUUUGAAUUAUUAUAACGAAAAGUAUUAACUAUAAACCUAAAAUAAAGAUAAUUUUGUUAACGUAACAAGAUUUGUCAUUAAACGGGAUAUAUGAAAGCUAUAUGUAAAUUUGAUUGAGGAUAGUUGUUUAAUGUUAUAGAAAGACAAUAAAUGGCUUAUUUUGUUCGUA